GUGACGGGCGGGGGCCCACUCUUGCCCCAUCGUCGCGCAACUGGCCCAACGAAGGCCUUGGCGGCCUGAAUUUCCGCUCAGUUGUCUAGCCGGUAAGUCUUGAGCUUGUGGUGCUUCGAAACUUCCGUGCCUUGGGGACCACAGGAAUCGCAGCUUCGCGCAGAUGGUGCUCCUUCGUUCACCGAAGGAUCUACAGCCGGCACUAAUGACUGACAACGCCAAAAAGAUGGCGUCACCACUGAUGACGGUUGACACGCCAUACAAAGAAGAAACAGCAACUCAGAAAUUCAAGCGAAAGGCCAAGGAAUCCCCCUUUAUGGUCAUUGGGUUGACUGGUUGCGUCUUUAUCUGCUCAUACGGGGCCUUCCUGUUCCGGAGGCGCAAGAAGCUCGACGCCUCUCUCUUCUUGAUGCAGCUCCGCGUCACUGCACAGGGCACUGUGAUCGGGUGCUUGAUGCUUGGUGUCACCUACAAUCUCUUCCAGAGAUUUUUGAAUCGAGGCAGCAGCAACGGGGACGACAAAGGCUCCUGAGGCUUCGUUGUUGUUUAGCUGUUAGCCAUCAUUAUUUAAAUUAAUAGGUACUGGCUAUAAAAAUUUGAUGUUUUUAUGCAUCUUGUUCAUGUGGCUGUGCCCAUCAAUUAGAAUCUUCUUUUGCUUUUUCCAGGUCACUGCUAUCUGGAAGUGUUGUAUCCGUAUCUCCGUUAACCUUGUUGCCAGUGUUGCAUUUAUGCAAGGAGAAAAACAAUAACAAUUUAUUUUGACGUUAACUGUGCGCAAGCAUGGCUUCUUCUGUGCUGUUAGAAGGCAUUUUUUGGGAUCUGACCUUUCUUCACAUGUAUAAAUCUGCUUUUCAGGCACUAACGUAUGCAUUCCUUAUAGUUUGGCACUUACAUUGUAGCCUCUAAGAAAUUUUUGUCUAUAAAAUUGCUAGAAUUUCUACUGGUACAAAAUUUAUGAAUUCGCAAUCAGUAGCAGUUAUCAGCUUUUAUUUUUCUUGUGAUCUUAAAUGCACCUAAAUGAAGCAGUGAAGUUUACCUGGUUGUAAUGAUUACCCUUGCCAAAAUAUUUGGAGAUAUGACUGUUAUAUAAGGUGCCGUAUUGAAAAAUUUGCUCUGCUUGCUCUGCUCUGUGACUGACAGAAAUAUUGGAGUUGAGCUGAGUAUAGCUUGAGCUCUCGUGUGAUCUAUUUGAAGCCGAUGCUGGAAGUGAAUUAUUGCCUGCUGGUUUUGUGUAAUCAGCUGUGUUACACUUCAAAGUUUCCUACAGCAAAAGUAAGGAUGUUGUCUUCUUUUAAGUCAAUAUGGAGCAACUGCAAUUUUUGAACAGUGUGCUGUUUCAUGAGUACCCAUCAAUUAGCAAAGAAUGAUACACUGUGCACUCUUUUGUGCAGUGAACAGAUGUCUUAGUAACUCUGCCCUCUCUCUCUAUCUCUUUUAUCCUUUUACAUUUUGUUAAUUUAUUCAUUCGAUCCUUCAUUUUUGCAGUGACACGGCAUGUUUGGGUGCAAGGUAUGUUGCAGAUGUGCAGAACUACUAUGCUUAAAGCAGUUAGUUUGGCCAAGCGGUCGUGUGCUUGGCCAAAUGUGUUUUAACUUAGGACUGCUUUUAAAAAAAAGAAAGGGUGUAUUUAUGAGCAUAUUGUUUUUCUUGUUGAUGCCAUGUUUUGCUCCCAAACUGUGUCCAAAGAUAACAGAGAUACUAAAUAUGGCAAGUUGUUACAUGGCUUAGGUUAUUUUUUAAUGUAUUUGUGAUAUUGUCAAUUUCAUUGUGCAUAUAGAUUGCAAGAAGUUGACAAAUUAUAUUUUGAUUAGCUGAAACUCUACAAAGCAUGUAUUGAAGCAUAUUUUAAAUAUUGGUGGCAAAUAAAAUUUUCACUCUUUUGU